AAAGGCACAGCCAAAUAAAGUCGCCAGCUUUCUCAUCUUCGUUCGCUUUUCAGAUUUCUCAAUCGGGAUGGGAUCUUUUAUUGGUCUUUAUUUACGGAGAGGAGAUAGAAACCAGUGAAAGAAAGAAAGAAUGCAACGAUGAUUCUCCCCAUGGCUCUCUCCGCCGCCUUUCUCCUCUCCAGCACCAUUGCCUCUGUCACAUACCUCAAAUUCCUCCGCCGGUUCACUCCACUUUCCUGUUGCGGCAAUCGACUGAGUCUUACCGACGGCGACGGCGACGGCGAAACACCCGCUCCCAUCGCCUACGGCCCGGAUUCACCCGCCGGGCUCACCAGCAGCCCUAUCCUGUUCCGUCGAUUCAGAUGGGCGGAGAUCGAAUUGUUCACAAACUCAUUCACCUCAGAUGUUAUUGGCGAAGGGGGUUUCAGCACCGUCUAUCUCGCUCGCCUCCCAGAUUCCUCUCUAGCCGCCGUGAAGCUCCACCGCAGCGGCAAUAGUGAGCGUCUCCUUCGCGCCUUCAAGCAGGAGCUUGAUGUCCUCUUCCGUCUCUCAAAUCCUCACAUCGUCCGCCUCAUAGGAUACAGCGACCACGGAGAAGACGGCGCCAGCGCUCUCGUCUUCGAAUACAUACCCGGCGGCACUCUUCGCGAUCGACUCGUCGGCUGCGAGGCGCCGCUUCCGUGGGAUCGGCGAUUGAGCAUUGCGCUCCACGUGGCGGAAGCGGUGGACUACCUCCACGAAGGUGGUGAGCUUCCGAUCGUCCACGGCGACAUUACGGCAGCGAAUGUGCUGCUCGACGAACGGCGAGGGCCGAAGCUCUGUGAUUUCGGAUCGGCUAGGGUGGGCUUUUCGGCUGCUGUGAAACCCGCUGGCACCGGCGACCCCAUAAUCGGGUCGCCGGGCUAUACCGACCCACACUACUUGCGUACGGGGAUCUUCUCGAAGAAGAGCGAUGUGUACAGCUUCGGCGUGAUGUUGCUUGAGCUCAUUACCGGUUUGCCAGCGAUCGCGGCAGAAGAAGGCUGCCCGCCACUGGCGGCGGCAGCAUUGAGAGGAGCAGCAGCGGUGGCGGUUGAUCCGAUGGUCGCUGGGAGUUUCGAUGAGGAAGAGGCGGCGGCGGCGUUAGGGCUUGCGGCGCUCUGCGUCGGCGACCAGCCUAGUCUGCGGCCGUCCAUGGCGGGGGUGAUAAGGUUUAUGAGGGAAAGCUUGCCAUCUUCCACUUCAACCGUUUAUUUGAAAUCCGACGGCUCGGCGGAGCCGUGAAUUAUUAUUUUUUUGUUUUUACGAUAUGUUGGACCAUCGGGCGAGAAUUAGGUAAUUAGCAAAUUAUUUGUAUUAAGCUACAUUGUAGCUGGACGGGAGUAAGAAAUCAAAGAAAGGAUUUUGUUUUGUUUUGAAAAGGGCACGACCCAAUUUCAUUAACUAAUAACUUAGAGAAGAGAGAAAAUUGAAGCAAAAGAUUAAUAAAUCAAUAAAAAAUAAGUCCUAUAGAGGUGAGAGCAAAUAGGACUCACUAAUG